GAGUAAUUAGAGAUAAAUUAAUCGAUCGACUACAAGAAAUGAAGACGUUGGAUCAAGUUUAUGCAAUUGCUACUACAUCACGGUUAAUAACCAUCACAAUUGGUGUAAUUUCCUUUCUUUUUGCUGGAAGUUAUGACACCUCAGCCGAGAUUCAAUUAUCUGCGCAUGUAAUUCCUCAAUCAUUCAUCCAACGCUGUCUAACUGCAUUCUUACGUUGGGAUGCACUGUAUUUCUUGCAUAUUGCCGAACAUGGGUAUGUCUAUGAGCAAGAAUACGCGUUCUUUCCUGUGAUGCCAAUUGCGUCACGUUUGGUGGCGAAUACAGUUCUGUAUCCGUUUCAAAGUAUGCUGGGAGGUCAGCAAUACUCACUACUUUUUGGUGGAGUAAUUGUUGCCAAUGUCUCGUUUGUUCUUGCAGCUGGAUCCCUAUUCAAACUGAGUCAAAGUGUAUUUGGCGGUAAUCAGCGGAUGUCGUUUGUUUCAGCAGUUGCGUUUUGUAUAUCUCCUCCAUCAAUGUUCAUGUCUUCACUUUACACCGAAUCGCUCUUUGCUUAUAUGAGCUUCACUGGAAUGUAUUUGGUUCUACAGUCCCAUUAUAUGAGUGCAUCUAUAAUAUGGGGUAUUACAUCUGGGUUGCGAUCCAAUGCAAUUAUAUAUUCUGGGUUCUUUUUCUAUGAUUUUGUUGUCAUAAGACUUGUUCGUAAACAGGGCAUAAAGCGUUUGUGCGCUGGACUUGUGUUGGCAAUUUUGUAUAGUAUUCCUGUCUUUUCAGGAUUUGGACUAUUCCAGUACUACGGAUACACUCAAUUCUGCACAAAUGGCAACGACAGGCCUUGGUGUCAUGAACGUGUACCAAUUUUGUACACAUUUGUUCAAAAAGAAUAUUGGAAUAAUGGAUUUCUAACCUACUAUGAGAUCAAACAAAUUCCAAACUUUUUGCUCGCUACACCAAUCAUUACUCUCAGUGUAUAUGGCUUAUGGACAUACGCAAAAAAUGAUUUCAAAGGUUUUUUUACCUUGGGAUUAUACACCAAAGUCCAAGAGAGAAAAAAUCUUUACACAACAAAAAAAGUAGCCGUAUUCAUGUAUCUGUGGAGUGCGUUGCUCGUCUACACGGCCACAUGUAUGCACAUCCAAGUCAUCAUUCGCUUCUUUACUUCUCUUCCGCCUCUUUAUUGGUUUACUGCUCACCUGUGGAUCAAUGGGCUGGGCCCAUCGGCAUCAAAAAAUUAUUGGAUUUCAAAGGGACUAUUGUCAUAUUUUGUUCUCUAUGGUUUAGUCGGCAUAGUCUUAUUCUCUACUUUUUUACCACCGGCGUAGAUUACUAUCAUCUUAAUAUAUAUUAUAUUCUCUACUUCCAAUUAUUGUUUUUGUCUUGUCUUAUUUUGUGUAUAUAAAAUUAUUAACAUACGGCAUUAUUAUUUAAUACUUACUCUUAUAUAAUAAAAAAGGCCUUUAGUAAUUU